AUGGCAGCUGGAAAGACAUCACGCAGAGGAAACUCUCCGGCCAGAUCGGGCUCGUCUACGCCCUCUGCUCCGCCCAGCACGGAGACUCUUCUUGCCGAUGAGGGUAGGCCUGUGUCAGCAAGGCAAGAAAUCGCGCUGACAAGUGUAGAACCCCACUUGACGUCGAACAUUGAAUCAUCAAGUAUAAACUCGCCAGGGAGAGGUACGUCAAGGCGGCUGUUCCUUAUCGCUGACCAAGUAGACACGCCGACAUCAGACGACACACCGGUUUUGGAGCCGACCGAGGCCGAAAAAUUGGCUGCUAUGCAAGAGGAGUACGGUCAAAUAGCUUCUAGCAUGGUGGACGAGCAUGGGGACUCACAGCAUGAGGCUAUGCUCGCCGAGAGCUGGGGCACAAUGUUCAAGGGCCUCAUGGUGGUCGGCAACAUCCAUUUGACCUCGCACCGGCUUCUCUUCCACGCUUUACUACCCCCCGACGCUGCUUUUGUCCACCACUACGACUCUGCAGAGGAACUUGAAGCAUUAGGCUCGUCCCCCUCCAGCUCGACGCACAUCUUACACUCUGGGCCCGUCACUUGGCACAGACAUAAGCCGCUGCUCUCCUCGCAACGGGUAUGGCUGGAAAUGAACGCAGAUAUGAUCACAAUUUAUCCUUCGGCCGAUGAUUCUGGGCGGGUCAGGCCGAUCAAAUCGUUCCUACUGUCAUCUGUGGAUACUAUCCGCCCUCGGGAUGACACAAAAGCAUCCGACAUACACCUCAACUUCACUCUAGAAGGUUCUCACAAAUCUCUAUUCUUCACGGUCGACACCCCUCAAUCCGCUGCGCAAUGGCGUCGCCACAUCGAGGCGGCGUUGUUUCGGAUCUUUCGGCGUAGAUGGCGCCACAAGGCUACCUCUGUAGCAGGGAAGGAGCCCGAGUCUAGCGUCGACCAGUGGAAUACGCUGCGCUUUUGCGUACCCCUCCACCGCCUCGCACUGAUCGACGAAGGCGACUACCAUGGCUUUGCCACCCUCCUCAGCCUCAAGGUCGAUCUGGACGAAUCGCAACGACUAGUCUCGGCUGGGACCUUCUUUGCCGCGGCCGACACCGCCUCGAUAACGGACAAUCUGCUCAAUAUGCAUCUGAGGGCGAAGUCAGAUACCGAUCUGACAUUCAACUUCAAUCUCGCCGUGAUCACGGAGCAAGGGUCAUUUAUCGAUAAGCUUCGACACGGAAUACAGGUUGCUCAUCUGCGGCACCCAAAGGCGGACGUCGACGCCAAUCGAUUGAUCUUCAAUAUCGCGGGGAUAGACUGCUUGGCCAGCGAGGAUGAUAUUGAGCGAGAAGUACAAGAAGAAUCUCGUCCCUCCGAGUCCCUUCCGGCUCGGAUUGCUCGAAAGGCCGAGAAAGCACACACGGCGGCGGCAGUGUUUGGCUUGCACGAGGAAGAGGGGAUCUGGCUGAAACGUUGUUAUCUGGAUAUUGUCGGCGUGCCAGUUCGCGGUCAUCUGAUUGUGACGCCAAGAUUCGUUUGCUUCUGGCGGAAGAAUACCCUUUCUCCGGAUGUCAAGUAUCGCUUCGACUCCACCCUGGUCAAAGGCUUCGAGCCGGUCAACUGCGUGCAGCCUGGCUUCUCCGGUCUCGCUCUCAAGCUCCACGGUCAGCAGGACGUCGUAUUCGAAUUCUGGAACGUCCUCGGACGCGACGAGGCCAUCUCGCAACUCAAACAAUUUACCACGCCGGAGACCCGUCCAACAUCGUCCUCGACAACGCCGCAGCCAUCAACACCUACUCAUCCCGCCGACAUCCUGGUGCCCUCGAAGAAGUCACUCUUUGAAACCCGUGUUCUACCCGACGACUUUUUGUCUCACAUGCCCUUCAUCGCCAACGAGCCAUGGGUAUCGCGCUCCAUUGCUUUGUCGCCCCGCACGUUCACCAUGCUCACAAUCGGAUCGAGGGGUGAUGUACAGCCUUACAUUGCUCUUGGAUUGAGGUUGAAAAAGGAUGGACAUCGGGUCGUGAUUGUAACGCAUCAAGAGUUCAAAGAGUGGGUCGAGGGCUAUGGGAUCGAGCAUCGUCAAGCUGGAGGCGAUCCAACAGCUCUCAUGAAGUUGAGCGCAGAGCACAAGAUGCUCUCUCCUGGCUUCUUCAAGGAAUCGGUCGGCUAUUUCAGGCAAUGGCUUGAUGACUUACUCGUAGACGCCUGGGAAGCGUGCAAAGAUGCCGAUGUACUCAUCGAGUCGCCCUCGGCAAUGGCUGGUAUCCAUAUUGCGGAGCGACUGCAGAUCCCCUACUUUCGCGCAUUCACCAUGCCUUGGACGCGCACCAGUGCCUAUCCACAGGCGUUCAUGGUACCCGCGUUCGAGAUGGGGCCGGGGUUCAACUACUCCACCUAUGUCUUGUACGAUAAUAUCAUUUGGAAGGCGACAGCCGGCCAGAUCAACCGAUGGCGGAAGGAACACCUCGGACUGCCAAGCACCGACAUGUCGGAAAUGUCGGCGACCAAAGUCCCCUUCCUCUACAAUUUCAGCUCUGCUAUCGUCCCAAAACCGCUCGACUGGCAUGACGAUAUCACAAUCACCGGGUAUUGGGUCCUCGAGAACAGCGACUCGGAAUGGUCCCCGCCAGAAGCGCUCACGGCAUUCAUGGACAAGGCCAAGGCAGAUGGCAAACCGCUGGUCUACAUCGGGUUUGGCUCCAUCGUCGUCCCGAAGCCGAACGAGAUAACCAAGAGCAUAAUCGAGGCGGUCGAGAAGGCCGAUGUUCGAGCCAUUGUCGCAAAGGGCUGGUCUUCAAGAGGAGGCGAUCCCGCCAAGGAGGGUGCCGCAAUCGAGUUCCCGGCUAGUUGUUUUGGGCUUGAGAAAGUCCCGCAUGGAUGGCUCUUCCCGAAAGUACAAGCUGCUCUGCAUCAUGGCGGGGCUGGUACAGUCGGCGCCAGUCUACGUGCCGGCAUACCGACAUGCAUCAGACCCUUCUUUGGCGACCAAUACUUUUGGGCGAAUAGAGUCACCAAACUUGGCGUAGGCGUCCGAGUUGGAUCACUCCGCUCCGACGACAUUGCCCACGCCCUCGUCAAGGCAACCACGGAUCGCGUCAUGUUGGAGAAGGCGGCAAGGAUAGGCGAGGCGAUUAGAAAAGAGUCAGGGGUGGAUAAUGCGCUAGAAGCAAUACAGUAUAAUAUACUCCGAGCGGGUAGCGAUAGAACCAAGAUGUCGUGGGCGAAGUGA